AAAACAAACUGCAGACACUACGAUACUUCCUCACCCUGCAUCAGUUCGCUUUCCGCGCGGCUCCUCGUCAGCUGUGCCGUGCGUAAUUCCCCAACAAUCUGAGUUGCGCCUCUUUGUUUUUCUUCUCCCCAACUGGAUGUUUUUUUUGCGCGCUCGUCAUUGCGCACAGCACCACCAGGAGCGGCUGGCAACAUCCCCCGACCCGAGCGGCUCUACUCUGAUUUGAACAAAUGGGGGGAGCAGACCGCACCAGGGAGAGCCACACGCCGACAGCACUUUGAAACGGGCGAGCCUUCAGGAACCUUCAGUCAUGUACUAGUGACAGACGGCGGUUGGAGACAAGAAGACGCAGCAGACACUGACACAAACAUGAGCGGCGGUGAAAUCAUCUUCCAAGGCUGGCUCAGGAAGUCGCCACCGGAGAAGAAACUGAGAAGAUAUGCAUGGAAGAAACGCUGGUUCAUACUUCGCAGCGGCCGCAUGAGUGGUGACCCCGACGUCCUGGAGUACUACAAGAACGACCACUCCAAGAAACCCAUCCGGGUCAUCGACCUGCACUGCUGCGAGCAGGUGGACGCCGGCCUCACCUUCAAGAGGAAGGAGUUCCAGGACAGCUUCGUGUUUGACAUCAAGACCUCCGACCGCACUUUCUAUCUCGUAGCUGAGACUGAGGAGGAGAUGAACAAGUGGGUCCGCUCCAUCUGCCAGCUGUGUGGGUUCAACCAGUCAGACGACAACCACGAUGGCAGGUUACACAAUAUGCCCCGUUCUGUUGGAGCAGAUGUCAACGGCUCAAUGGCUCCGCUGACCGGCGAACGCAAGUCCUCUGCCCCCAUCCACUCCAGCCAGCCUGUCCUCUUCACCUUUGAUGUGCCUGUGCGCCACACACACCAUGGCUCCCUGUCCAACAGUGCACCCCAGGACUACCUCCUCCUCCACCAGUGCAUGAGCAGGAAGACAGAGAGUGCACGGAGUGCCAGUUUCUCCCAGGCCACACGAAGCAAUCUGUUUGUGGGGAGCGACUCUGCGGUGCAGAAACUCUCCCAUGGCUUUUCCCACUGUCUGAAUGGCAUGGGUGCUCAGUUGCACGGCUUCUACAGCCUGCCCAAGCCAGGAAAACACCAGUUACCGGGGCAUGAUGACUCCUCCCAGGAGGCCUGUUACGUGCUUCCCCGGGGAUACAGCGUUGAGGCACCGGCUCACAGCGGGCUCGGUGAGCCAGAGCUGGAGGACGAGGAGAUUUACACCUUCAAAACGCCCUGCAAUGCGCUUGCCACCAUGCACAGCAACGAACGUCCAACUGACAAUUACGACCUUCCCACGCCGCCUGGCUCCUUCUACCAGAUCCCCCGGACGUUUGAUAAGAAUCACAAUGCCUUGACACCCUCCAGCUCUGAGUCGUCCUGUGCUCCUCCUCCCAGGCCCCCUAAACCCAGCCAAGGGUCAGAGGGACAGUGGGGGAGUCCCCAAUCAGUAGGGAGCCAGAAUGGAGAGGUGACGCCCACAGUGUCGGUUAUUCCACGCAGGAAUACUCUCCCUGCUGUCGAGAACAUCAGGCUGCACAGAGGCUCCUCCUUUGAAACUAACAGCCAUCACCGUCCCAUUCAUUUCAACAGCUCAGGCCAGUCUGUGGAGUCUGUCAAUGAUGGGUUCAGCUCUUACCUGAGAACCAAAGCGCCUCUGACUCGCUCAGACAGCGGCAACUCAGAUGACAACUAUGUGCCCAUGAAUCCUGGCUCCUCGCCACGCAGCGCUGCCCAGGCUGACAGUCCUAAGAAUAUCUACAUCCCUAUGAGCCCUGGGCCGCAUCACUUUGAUUUCCCAGGAUUCUCUGCAACAUUACCUGCCCGUAAGGGGAGCAGCGCCUCCCUGUGUCACCGGCCCAGCCGCCUCAGUGAUGUCACACCGCCACCCAUCAACCGCAACCUCAAACCUAACAGGAAAUCGAAGCCAACACCUCUUGAUUUGAAGAACAAUGGGAUCAUUGACGAGCUGCCAUUUAAGAGCCCGGUCACUAUGUCCUGGACACGGCCCAUGCCUGCAAUGAACUCAAUGUCCUCCCAGCAUUGUCGCCCCAUCUCUACACAAAGCAUCACCAGCACCGACUCUGCAGACAGUGAGGAGAAUUAUGUGGCUAUGAACCCAGCGUCUACCUCGCCAGCCGUGAGCGGUACCAGCAGCCCGGCCCCUAGGAAGUGUGGCAACGUGGACUACCUAGCACUGGACUUCCAGCCUGGGUCACCCAGCCCACACAGAAAACCCUCUACAUCCUCUGUGACGUCUGAUGAGAAGGUGGACUACGUGCAAGUGGACAAGGAGAAGACCCAGGCUCUGCAAAGCACCAUGCAAGAGUGGACCGAUGUGCGCCAGUCUACUGAACCUGCCAAGGGGGUCAAGUCCUGACACUGACCUGUACAGAACAAUGACAGAAAAAAAUCAACACAAUCCCAACCUUAAGUCAAGCAUCUCUAGUAUCAUGUCUCUAUCAUUCCUAUGAAUACCGGUUGGGCUUGUUGAAGACUGAAAUAUUUGGACAAAAAGCCAUAACCUAUCCUAUGCCUGUUCUCUGUGAUUAUUUUUACUGCAAUGCACUGCUAACAUGCAGGAUAUCAGGCCAUACAGGUGAAGCGCCCUGCCAAAGCUCUUCACGCAGACUGUUAACAGUUAACAGUCUAUGGACAAAUGAUAAUGUGUAUGAAAAUAUGAUCCUUACUCAUCAAAUCCGUCCUUUAGAAAUGAAGUGUUUCGUCAAAGCUGUCCCGCCCACCCUCUCUGCAACAGUCAAACAUUUUGCAUCUAGCAGGUCAUUUACCCAACUGCUGCCGUUUGAAGAGCAGCAGAAGCUAACUGGUGGUCGAUAACCAUAUUAAUAUACUGUAAGAGUAUGCUUACUGGUCUCAGGAAUGCCAAGAUGCACUCCAAUUUUGGCAUGCAGGCAGACUCUCUCCUUUCACUUCAAUCUAUCAUUUGUGCUGAGUCUUGCAGAAGCAGUGAAGAGAUUAUUUUCACUGUGGGCAAUCAUUUAAGCUUAGCAGUGCAUGUCUGGUAUAAGGGGGGUGGGGGUGGGGGGGAAUACAGCCUUACAAAUAUGUACAGGCCCGUGUCAGAAGCCCUAAUGAUAACUGUACUUGGCUGUUGCCUCGGUUUCAAUUAAGUAUGAGACCAAACCAGCUGUCAGGCUGGAUGGCAGACCAAUUAUUUCAAUGCAGGUACAAAGUCAGUAACGUCUUAAUGUACAGAAUAAAGAGAGCAAGACCGCAGAGAAGGAGAAGCAUCUUGUAGCUUUGUAGGUUUGACUUUGGUGGUCAAUUCGCUUCAGGUAAUAUUCUAAUACAUUUCAUUGUAAAUGUGCACUGACUAAGAAAAUGAUUGAGUUGAAGGAAGUAAAAAUAAAGCAGGAGAAGUAGUUUUCAAGGAGUUCAGAUAUCCCCUCUCUCUUUUCUCUCUCUCUCUCUCUCUCUCUCUCUCUCUCUCUCUCUCUCUCUCUCUCUCUCUCUCUCUCUAGAGACCGUAAAUACAAGCUAAGUAGAAGGAGAAUAGUGUAUUUAUGUUUUCCUGGAAUUCAACCAUUCACCGAUGUCUGUCUUUAAUAUGCCACACACUACAGCUAUGUCUCUGAAGAGUAAUUGUCACCUGUAUGUAAAUUAUUAAUAGAAUGACAUAUUUGCAGCACAUCUUGUCGACUGUUUGAUGCACUUGUCUGAGACAAAAGGUGCACUACAGUAAUGUAACAUUGUGCUUUUCUUGCAAAGGCAACCUGCCACCAUGAAGAUUCGCCGGUGAUCAUGGUCACUUACAAAUAGUUUAGGAAAGAAUGUUUACUUAAUUUCCUAAACUCUUUCAUUUGUUUUAAUUUGCCUUAUAUUUUCAUUUCAGUAGUAGAUUGUAAAUUUUGCCUUGGAGAAAUUGAAUUAUUCACAAUAUUAUUCAAGCGAGAGCCAUAUUGUAUUUAGGACAACUGAACGAUCAGUUUCAACUUAAGUCCAGUAUUUCAUUGUGGGCUGGAACCACUGGAGGGUCAAUACCUAUUUGAUCUUUCUAUGAACAGUGUGGCCAUGCAGUGCUAGGUGGUAUUAUUGAUUAUUUCAUUAGGAUUUUCUUCUUAAUGUUUUUCUACCAUUUUUACUGCUUUUUGUAUUCUUUUUAUCAUUAUUUUUUACUGAUACAUGUAAGCGAGUGAUAAGCAUAAGGAUGGGGGUCAGGCUAAAUGAAGCUAAUUUUUUUUUUUUUUUUUUUUUUUUUUUCUUUAUUCCCAAAGUGAAUUUUAUGAUCUAUACAUGAAACGGGGAGGCAGGCAAUUUGAGUUGCACUGGCAAAGAAAUCCCCCCGGUGAACUGUGAUUCACAAAGAGCGGGAGGAAAGAACAGACUGAAGAAAAAACCUGUCUCCCUGUCAGCCUCUGAAGUGAAAUGGAUGUGUAAUUUAUUAUCUAGAGAUACGCGUUGUAAGCAGAAGAGCUGUGUAUGUGUUGUGGUAGAUUGUGACUUGUAGUAUGUUAAAUGACAGCCUGACUGGGCCAGAUUGAAAACCCUGCUCAGAUCUACUGUCAGACUGUCACUGGGUUGACGUACUGUACUAGUAGAGAUCGUUUUUUUUAACCACUGUUUAUUGCUACUACUGUAAAGCAUUUGCAGAUUGCUUGUGUGUUAAUUUAUUAAUUUAUUAUGCAUUUUGCAGUUGAUAAUUGUAAAAAAAAACAAGGAAAAAAAAACAAACGACAACAACCAAACAAGGAAACCUUCUCUCUACUAACGUUAAUGUAUGCAAACAUGUCUUGAUUUUGUGAAGCAAUAUGACAAACGAUGCCAGUGUGAUGGUAAUGUGGUACAGUUCAUUUGGGAUACUCGAGAAUACAAGACUUUGUUAUUCCUGUAUUAUGGUAGACUUAAACUGUGGACAUAGAAUAAAUCAAGAAGUGAAA